AAUUUGCAACUUUGACGAGGAGAACAACUGCAUGCAGUCUCCAUCCUUGCCAAGAAACCCGCUGAUGACGGUCAACUUCUGUCCUUGUUGAUGACUUCAUAACAACCUUUUGCCAGUGACUUUGUGCAUCUGAAGUGACAGUCUAUUCCAGGAAAUCGACUUGACAUAUCCAUCGCCAUUCAUCUCAAGCAUGAAGAAGGCCAAAGAUGAGAGGGUCACUGGUUCCAGAGCUCCCACGCCGACAGGGAGCACCUGCCCGGAGGAAACCGCGACGCCAUCCCUUCAACGCUCCACUUCUCCAACACAGACCAGGAGGACAUCCCGGCUCUCCAAUGGCACAUCUUCCGUAUCAUCCUCCACCUCCACCGUCACAUCAAUUGCAGGUGGGCCGCUGUCCAGGCCACCUUUUAAGGUGGUUAAUGGAAACUCAACAUCGUCAUGGAAGUCUCUGAGGGAGGGCACAAGCACACCACCCAGUGUCUCGAGCAAAAAGGAUCUUUCUGAGAAGCCACGGCUUGGCCUCAUGCAAGAAUUGCUGGACACUCGCAAGGAGAACAAUGCAGUCAGAUCUUCAAACAGUCAGCUGAAGGAAGAGCUGAUGAAGUACAAGUCUGUCGUGCAGUCACUGGAAUCACAGGGUUUUGCGAUGCAGAGCCACUGCAGUGUUGCAGAUGAGACCAAACUGGUGACCAGCAAGGUGCUACAGAGUCUGACGCAGCAGCUCCUGACAGAGCGGUCAGAAAAGAAAGAGUUCAUGGAGAUGCUGGAGCAGGAAGGCAAGGAGCUGCAGUCAGUCAUCGCUGUCAAGGACCAGCUGGAGGUCAGGCUGCAGGCUCUGCUGCAAAAGGUCAGCGAGCUGGAGAAUGCCAAGCAGGACCUGGAGCAUUCAAAGCAGGACCUAGAGGACCAUCUGCAGAGCCAGCUUGAGAAGGCAACAGAGACAGCACGCAGCCGUGAUACAGAACUGCAGAAGAUGCGCUUGGAACUCGCGGCUGCUCAUGAUGAGAUCACAGCGCUGGCUGGAGCAUUCCAGAACAUCAAGAACACCCUGGCAAGAGUGAACGCUGCUCGAGAGACAGCUGAAGCGCAAGUGGCGACCCUGAAGGCGCAGAUGAGCCAAGAUCAGGAGGCACGGCAGGCUGAGAUUGAACAGCUGCAGCGGCAGAUGGGCAUCCAGGCUGAGCUGCUGCGCAGCAGGGACAUGCAGAUCACCGAGCUGGAAGCCAAGCUGGCAGAGGCAUCCCAGGCCCUGCAGGACCUGCCGCAGCAGCUGGCAGCUGUGAACAAUGCCCUGGCAGAUGCGCGGAAGGAGUUGGCCACCUGCGGCAAGCGCAAGAAGAAGCCAUCCCUGGUGUUCAAGCUGCUGAGUGGCGCGCUGGGAGUGGUGAGCACGCUGCUGGUGCAGAGGCUGCACAACGAGUGGGGAGCAAAUGCUGAGGAGUCCAAGCAGCAAAAGGGCCUCCGCCUGCUCUUCUGGCGCGUGUCUGUGUCAAAGGCUUGA